AUGAAUAUCUCUCUUAUGAAUGACGAGGAGUUUUCCGUCUGGUUGGAGGCGUACAUUGGAGCGCCGGGCCCUGCUCCGCCCGAUGCCUCGACCUCGUCCCCAGACGCUGCUAGAGCUCUUCGUCUCGAUCACCUCGCCACACACACGGCAAAAAGAAGACUCAGGCGGAACGAUGAACUCGGUAAUAAGCUUAAUGAUCAAGAGAUUCAUCUAAGACUUUACGCCGUAGAUGUAUCGCCGCUGCUGGACCCCGAACUGGCAUGGAGGCUGUUGUUGGCGGCGGAUACUCUCCUAGAACGCUACCAGAUGCGCAGUCAAGACAUGCUAGAUCUGGAACUAUCGAUUUCUCGUUUGGAGCGUGCUAGCUCACUUAUAGAGGAGGGGAAUGAGCUUUUCCCAGAUUACCUUGUGGUGUACGGACGCGCUCAUCGCUGUCACUUCGAGGUGACUCAAGACCUUUUCGAUCUUGGAAGGACCAUCCAGACCCUCGCUUCAUUCCUGCACGUGGUAGAUGGGAACCCAAUGCUGCUACAGGUCUAUUCGAAUCUCUUGAUGGAUCGGUUCGAGAUUUCAGCGACGCACCAGGAUCUGCAGGCGGCCAUUGAGCGGGCUGAGGCUGUUCGAAACUUUGUCGAUGCUGGGGCCGACACUCAGAUAUUUGCCCUUUCAAACCUUGCGGAGUGUCUGUCAGAGUUGUCUGACCUUCAGAUUGGUGAUGUAGACACGCAUCUGGAUCGUGCGGUGAUGAUGGGACUGGAGGCGAGGGAAUUGGUUCAGCGGCCAGACUGCCCCGUUGCGGACGUCGCCUUUGUAUACGGAAGUCUCUCAUACGCGCACUAUCGUCGUUAUCUACAUUCUCUAAGACCUGCAGAUGUACAACAGGCGCUUGAAAACGGAAGGAGAGCAGUAGAGCUCUGUGGAAACGGCCAUCCCGACAAGGCCCGAUGGACAAACCAACUUGGACUGGUCUACAUAGCCCACUUCCACCACCUGGCCGAUAGAUCCGACCUGGAGAACGCCACUGGCCUAUUUCAGCAUGCCAUUGAGCUCUCUUCGGAGCGUGGUCAAACCCGUGGGCUAGCACUCAGCAACCUAGCAGAUGCGUUGGCGUCCAGGUUCGAUUUGACUGGGGAGACCGAAGCUCUGGACAUUGCAGUCGCCAAGUACCGGGCCGCAGCCAACCAACUCAACCCGCAUGUCGUGAAGUCAGCCGAUAACCUACAAAACCUUGGGAGUAUCUUGAUCAGUGCGUACCGCCGCCACUUGGAAGACGAGUAUUUGGAUGAAGCCGUGGACGUCCUCAACCGAGCCCUGUUGAGAUACCCUGACGGCCAUGUGGACAUUGGAUUCACUCACUCUUUGCUCUGCGAGGCACUGGUAAAUAAACACAGACACGUGGAGUCUAGCCAACAAGAAAACAUUCAGAGUGCUAUCGACCAUGGAACGAAGUCGAUACUACUGGCUGGGCAAAAUGAUCCACGCAUGCACCGUCUUCAACAAACCCUUUCUAUGGCCUACCAGACCAAGUGGGAAGAAGGAAACCGUGGAGAAAAGGCGGACUUGGAGAAAGCAAUCGAGAUGUCGAGGAAAUGCCUUGAUGCGACACCACAGGAUUCUUCGGAUAGAGCAAGACUCCUCGGCUGGCUCGGCGGCCUGCUUGUGGCACAGCUAUUUGACAACGAUCCAGACGCCGAUGCUUCUACCUUUACUGAGCCCCUCAGUCUCUUCACAGAAGCAGUAAACUUACCAAAUGGCUCGCCUCUCAUGCGAAUAAAAGCUGCUCAAAGGGCGGUCAGAAUCCUCACAAACCAGCACAGGUGGGAGGAGGCAAAGCCAAUCGGCUUGGCGGCCAUGCAGCUGCUACCCCGAGUCUGCGGCAGAUACCAGUCCUUGCAAGACCAGCAGCAGGUUGUUUCACAAACCUCAGGCCUGGCAUCCGAAGUUUGCUCCUUGUUGCUACAGCUGGGGGAACCUGAUGAAGCCCUUGCACAGCUCGAAGCAGGCAGAGCCAUGAUACUAGGAUUUGCCAUGGACAACACUGACGAAGUAACCGCCCUACAAGAAACCGAAAAGGGCCUCGCGAAGGAGUUUUUGGACAUCAGGGCGAAGUUGCACAUCCCGUCCGAUCUUCAAGGUUCCCGCCUUGGAGAGGUCAGACUACGAGAAAGAAGGGCCGCUGAAGCAGACCUUGUCAAAUGCCUUGAAAAGAUUAGAAACCUUGACGGCCAUCAGGACUUCCUUCGUGAGCCUCCUAUUGAUCACUUGAAGUCAUGCACCAGAGAGGGCAUCGUCGUCAUGGUGAACAUCAGUUACUUGAGAAGUGAUGCCAUCAUUCUCGUCGACUCACGCACGCGGGUUGUGCCGCUUUCAGGGCUCCAACCCCAAAAGAUAGUGGAAUUUGGCGUGCAGCUGAUUUCGGGAUUUUCCAUUGUGGAUUUUCCUGUGAAGCGAGCCAUCCAGAUCGUCUCGAAGAAGGUUCCCAAACAGGCGAGACAGCCCUCGGCAGGCUUUGCUGGCUGGCUAUGGGACAACUGUGUACGGCCCGUGUUUGACGAGUUGAAGCGCUACGGAGCCAUGUCUAGCGAUGGUGAACCACCCCGGAUUUGGUGGAUAGGAUCUGGGGGUGCCGCUGGGUUUCCUUUCCAUGCGGCUGCAUCGGAGACUGACCCUGACCAGGACGCGUUGUCUCUGUCAGUCUCAUCGUACACGCCAUCCAUCAAGGCCCUGUUGCACGCCAAGCAGCGUUCUGAUCGGUCUCGGGCGCUGAGGAGGAAGAUAGAUCAGGAGGAACUGGAUUUGACUAUCGUCACAAUGGAAACAACACCCGGAAAUCACGCCCCUCUGCCAGCAGUGCGGGAGGAGAAGGAAGUCAUUGCAGAUCUCACCAAUGGCAAGUGGAAAUGCACGCACCUACCUCAACCAACAGCGAGUCUCGCUCUACAGGCCGUCGCCACGAGUGACAUUGUCCACUUCGCUUGUCAUGGGGUGGUAGAUAGGGGCGACCCGUCACAAAGCCAUCUUGUCCUCGAGAAGUCCAGCAAAGAUGGCAGCACCAAGGAGGUUGAUAAGCUCACCGUCCCCCAGUUUCUCGCCCUGAACAAUCUCCAAAAGCCCUGGAUAGCAUUCCUCUCUGCUUGUACCACAGCUUCGAUGGGGACCUUUCGCCUCGGUGAUGAAGGCUUACAUCUGUCUGGGGCCUUGCAGAUUGCUGGAUUCUCUCAUGUCAUUGGAUCCUUAUGGCCGGUGGAAGACGAGGUCGGUGUAGAAGUUGCUCGUGCCUUUUACGAGAAUCUCAUUGGCGUUGCACCUGAUUCUGUUGACGAUGAAAUGGUGGCUUCCGCCCUGAGGGAGGCAGUGAUCAAGGUCCGACAACAUUAUCCAUCUUCGUGGACUAAAUGGGCGGCUUAUAUUCACUCAGGAGCUUGA